AUGUUUAGAGCAUCCGCUAUCAACAAAAAGUGCGCAAGAUUACUGAAUGAAGUAGUGAAAGUGAACAAAAUUAGGUUGGAAGUCUAUACUGAAUUUCCUAGACAACGUAAGUGAACAGUUUCUCAUUAAGUGAUAGUUCGAUACUAAAAAAUUUUAAAAAAUGGUAAAAAAGAAAGUAAAAAGCUUCCCAUUGGCAAUUAAUAACUGGCAACUGGUUAUACUGUGUGAAGCAGCGUAAACCGUGGCAUCCGAAUAACUGGUUAAAAUUGCCAAAUAAGUAUUUGAGUCUACAACAAUAUUUCAAAAUUAAUAAUAAUUUUGUGUUUUCAGCCGGCCUUCGUAUCCGUCUGCGUUCGGACAGUCACCCGGACUUUUGUUAUGAUGGAAAAAAUUUUACCAACUACCUCUACUGCAUAUUUUUGGGCAAAAGUUUGCUUGAAGCCCGCCAAACUAAAAUUUUGGAGAUAGAAUUGCACGCACCUAGUAGUCCAGUAGAAUUGGAUUCCUUAAAACAGUUAUCUGCAUGUGGUCAAAUGGUGGCUGAUGUAUUUUCAAAUUAUGAAAUUCAUCUCGAGUGCCCAUCAGAAGGUCCCGCAAAGUUGUUUAGUCAAAGAGCUUCGUUCUACACACCUUUCAUAUCCCAGGUUCGACGUCUUGUUGUAGAACGAAAACUCCUUAAAUACUUUGCUGGACUUGCAGUAGAUUUUUUGGAAGUGAAGAGUCGUUUUGAUACUACAAAUUGGGGUAGGUUGAUAAACAUUAAAUCAUUAUACUAAUGCAAAAAAUAGACAUAAUGUAAUGCUAUUGUCAUAAGAAAUACAUGUAUUUGUUGGUCUUUUUCAAUUUUUUUAGACUUUGGAUCACUAUUCAAUAUCAACGCGAAGACCUAUCAAUGUUAUCUUUUCAAGCUGCAUCAUUUUUGUCAUGGAGGGUAAGUUUUUGUAAUCUUUUGUACAAUUAACUAUUACAUGAAAUAGGGUAGUCAUAUUUUAAGCACGGUAGGGUUGAGUAAAUGGUGACAUAAGAGGAUAGGAAUUUUACAUUCUAAAAAAUGGUUUGAAUAUACUAAGAACAAAUGAGAAUGUUAUUUUGACGUUGUUGUAUGUUUGUAAAAACAAAAUUUUCCAGUUUUGAAAUCCAACCGCAAACAAAAGAAUUUUAUUGCAACAUGGACGCGAGUGUAAAGACGAGCGAUGUUAUGUUAAAAAACAUCUUAACAUCAAUUGAAACGACAAUGCCAAACUUGAAUCUACUAAACCUUUACUUCUUUGUGAAGCCUUCAAGUGCACAUCGAGACUGGACUGAGGUAAGACUAAAAAAUUAAAUUUUAGUGUUUAUACAUGUACAUCGCAAAAAUUUUAAAUUUAUUGUUUGUUUGACAAAUUGAAACUAUUGACUCGUUUUCAGAAAUACACAAAAAUGACUAACAACAUCAUAAACACGAUUAAUUUCAUGGCCGAGCAUGCUCGUUUCCCAAUCAUGAUACGUGGUAAAAUUGUUGUUGCAAACCGAGAUCGCGAUUUAAUAGUUGGACUACUGCAAAAAGAAUUUCCUACAAUGACGAAGUUCCUACGCUACUAUAAUAAUAUCGGAAUGGCGUAUCGUUGUAACGAUGUUUAUGUAAAUUUAAAUUUGCCCAAGUAUUAA